UAUGGAUACUUGGCAACAGCUGAUUAUGGCAGUCUUCUUACUGAACCACUGCAAGUUUAAUGGCUGUGAAUUGUCAUUUCCCAACCUAUUAGAGCUUAUUCAACACAUCGAGGAGACACAUAUAGAGACUAUUACAGAUCCUGCAACAGAAGCUGUUCAAGAAACGCAGCAGCCAUCAUGCCUUCCCCUAUCAUCGGUCUUGUGUUCUUCAGCCCAAGUGCUCCUCGACUUACUCCACGGAAGCACCCUCUUAGCAGUAAGGCUUCUGGUGGUCCCCAGGCUAAAAUUCCCAAGCUCUAGAUACAAAAACUCUUGGGUCAUCCUCUGGAAAACGUACAAAUAUUUUGAGGGUGAUUUGAUCACCAAAGUUGACAUUCACGUAAGUGUGAAUCUGUCCAAACAAGAGUUUAUCUCUUGUUUGUGUGGGGGGAAGAGACAAUGGGAAGUGUUGCCUCGAGCAUUGGCAGCUCGAGUGGAGGAGGCUCAAGCGUGGGAGGUUCCAGUGUGGGUACUCCAUCCUCCACAGAAGCACUCCUGUCAGCAAAUCAGUAACAGCCCUCCAGUGAGUGAUUGUGAGGAAACACUUCAUAGUGAUAAUGAAGACAGCAAUGAUUCAUGGACCACUCAGGAUGAGAUUCCUGCAGAACUUAUCAUAAAGCUAGCAAGCAAAGGUCACUCCAGCAGCAGUGGCGAGGAUAAACCGUAUGUUUGUCCAGUUGUUGGAUGCCGAAAGCGAUACAAAAAUGUAAAUGGGAUUAAGUAUCAUGCAAAGAAUGCCCACAAAAAAGAUAGCAAAGUGAGAAAACCCUACAGAUGCUAUUGUGGAAAAAGCUACUGUACGAAUCAAGGACUGAAAAACCACUGUACACAUUCACAUAAAAAUGAAAGUUUAACAGCUGUCACAACAAAUACUGGGGAGGUCCUCCAAGUGCCGGCAAACCAACUCUCAUCUGCUUCGAGUUCCAUUGGUAGUCAACUCCUAGAUAACAACAACAAACCUUCAACUCCACCUGUAAGUAGAUCAUCUUUGGAAAGUGAAGGAACUAUUCAGGUAAGUAGCACUUUGCUGGUUCUCCAGUCAACAGUCCAAUUGCUGUGACUGGACAGAUCAUAAAGGGAGGAUCAGCUGCCACAACUAAAGGAUCUACAACCAUCUCAAGUAUUAAUUUAACAGGUUUAGUGGCUGCUAGUGGUGGGAAAAUUGCUCUUAAAGCUCUUCCUAAUGGUCAACUUCUCCUUUCACAACCUUUGGAAGGAAAAUUAGCAACUCUUGUCAAAUCAGACCUAAAGCAUGAUUUCCCUGGGGAUGAUGGUAAAAGUAAUCUUGUUCAGUUAAAAACAGAUUCAUUUCAACAAUUAGAACUUAGUAAAUUACUACAAGCAAAUACAAAGUCAUCUCAGCACCAAGUAGCAGUUACUACAUCAACUCUCUCUGUUGCUAUCCCUGCAAGUUCAUUUAACACCCUGAAAGGUCCUCAGCGAACAGGACUGUCUUCUUCAGCCAUGCUGGCGCGUGCCUUGAAGAACCAGCUUGCAUCAACCCCAACAGGUAUUACAUCAGUUCUUGGUUCACUUGAUAAUCAAUCUGAAAGCAUGUUAGGAGGCCAGGGUGUUAUAUUGGGGGUAACAAUGGAAGAAGGUACACUUGUUGAUAAUGGUGAUGGAACACUUUCAGAACUUUCUGUUAUUGAAUAAAAUAGGGACACUUUCAUAACUUUCUGUCAUUGAAUAAAAUAAAAAUUUGUAGUGAUUGUUCUUAGCUUCAUAUUGAAAAAAUUCCAGUUUCAGAUUAAUUUUUUGCUAUAAUUGAUAAUUGGAUGUGCUGUAUGGAGCUUUAGUAUAGGUAAUGUAUUUAGUUGGAGGCGGAACCCUGUGGAACUAUGGUCACUUUCUUCUUGUUACUGAUCUGUUAUGGACCCAGUGAUUUUGGGCGACAUCAACUGAAAGCAACUAUUUACCAGAUGUGUGAAGUACCAGUACAGUAUAACAAUUGACUGCUAAAGACUGUAAUAUAAUUUUAAAUGAUUUCUGAGAAUUAAGACAUCGUUAUACAUUAUUGCAGGUACAGUACUGUAUUCAGACAUAUGGGCCUUGACUCAAUGAUCAUUGUAUAGAGGUGUUUGUAAACAAGAUGAAGACAAAUAUUAUCAGUAUCAUAACAUAUAUCAUAAACUUAAUUGUAAUUUGAUUCCUCAUGAGUUGAUAUUAUGGUAAAUGUAAGUGAUUAUGAUAUUGACAAAUUUUUGUGGUGGGUACCUUGCAUUAGAUCUAAAGUGCUAAUGUUAAUAUAAAUACUGUAUGUAACAUAAUGCUGUACAGUACUAUAUAAUUAUGAUUGUCACCAAUUAAAAUUUUAAACAUUUUUACCAAGGGAAACUAAAUGCAGUACCAAAUUGAGCUUUCCAUGAACUUACAAAAUUUAGACAAAUAAGGGAAUGCACAUGACAUCUAGAUAUCUGAAAUGAUAGUACAGUAGUUACUUAAAGAGAGGCAUGGAGGGUGAUCAAGGUACAUCACCAGUGUCAGGCCAGUGAGGUACACAUGGGGACCAAUUCCAAUUUGCAUUAUUUCUAGUCCAGUCCUAAUAAUACCAGAUAUUAAGCCUCACUACAGUACACUUUGAAUUAUUAUUUUGAAGCUUCAGUAAUGUACUUCAGCUUAGAUAUUAUAUUAUUGUACACAAAUCAUACAUUUAUGGUCACAAUUUACAAGUAGUAUUCUCCUGUAAGAGCUCUAAAGUACCUGGAAAUUCACUUAUUAAUCUCCAUCCACAUUUUGCUUGUACAUAGAAUAAUUUUCAUCAUUGGAUAAGCAUUUUGUAUCAUAUCCUAUUUGUAAAUAUUAUGUUAUAAUGUCCAUUUAAAAUAACUCAUACCGUAUUAAGUGUCUUAGUCCUAGCAGGCAUUACACAAUUAGUCAAGUUAUAUGAUAGUUCAUGGGUGAUAGAUGUAUAUUCCAUUUAGCUGUGUCUGUUACUUUAUAAAAUCUUCAUUAUUUAUUGAGAUAAUAAUCCAUAUUGGAUGAUAUUGACUACAAAACAGUGAGAGCACCAGACAAUGAGAAAUAGUGUACAGUAUACUAUACAGUUCAGUACAUAAAAUUUCCAAAAAUCAUAGGAAUAUGUGCUUACAGUGAAACUAAAAGUAUGUCAGUUCAGUUAGAAAUUAUAUCAAUUGAUCUAUAAGUACAGCAUAGCAUUAUAGUAAAGAAGGUUCACAAUAUAACUAGAGAAUCUGACGUUUAGCUUGUUGUCAAAAUAUCUUUGACAUGAUAUUGCUGGAAUUUAAAUUGUGAUAGUUUACAUUUGUUUGUGAAUGCCAUUGUUGGCCACUUCUAUGUAGUACUGUAGUGUGAAGUUAGAGGGAAGUCUGGAGAAUGAACAAGGUUUAGAUUGAUUAGUUGAUUGCGCUCCCAAGUUAUCUUGUGGACUUGUUGUGAAUUCAGCUGUUUAAUACAAUGAGUAAUGAACUUUUAAAUAAACCCUUAUGCUGAAUAUUUUGCCUACCACCCGUACUUCUGUCCACUGCCCAUGCUUCUGUCCACCACCCAUACUAUAUUCCUAUCUACUAGGGGGUGAAAGAGAUGCACCAAGAUUCACAAGGAAAGUAACAAAAGUAUGUGCUAAGACAAUACAAAGUAAUUCAAAUAAAAGUCAGUUGAAAUAGAAAUUUAUUAUGAAACUAAUUUCAUUCACUUGCCUUACUCAUUUAUUAUGUGUAAAGGCAGAGAAAAGAAUCGGUGCCUGUAUAUAUAUGUUAUGUUAGUUCAGUGGUCAUUAUCCUUAUUCCAUUGUCUUACAUACUCUCCAACUUUAUUCAUGUAAUCUGCAUAUAGACUAAUACCUGUACCCUAUAGUGCUUUUAUUUAUGGUAUAGAGAUCAGCAUGAGGGACAAACCAUACAGAGAAUACAUUUUCUAUUUACCUCUUGACACAGUGAAUGCUUCUUAGAUUUUGGUAAUCAGAAGGAGCAGCUUCUUACUUUAUUACAAACACUGGUCUCACAACACAACACUUGUCAAUUAUUUAAAAUUUUAUCUUCUUCUAGGAGGAAGGGAGUUGAAGUUGGAAGGUAUACUGCAUUAUAUUCUUUGUUCAUAUUAAUUUAUUAAAGUUUGUGAUGCACGGGCUCUAAUAUACUGUACAGUAAGGGGAUGAUUGAAAUUUAUAUUAUUAAAUUAAGUGAAAAAAAUUCUGAAGUUCUCUACAGAUGGCUAAUGAGGAUUCAAUUUUUAAACAUGUGAUAUGUGAUGUUUCUUAAUAUAGAACUGCUAGAUAUUAGUACUACACUGUUCUGAUGAAUUACUUUCAGAAUAGUGCCACAUUAUUACACUCAAAAUUAUUACCUCACUCUAAAAAAAUAUGUAUAGUUUGAAAGAAUUAUUGAUACUGUUGCAAAGUGGCGGCACCCCCUCCCCCCUUCCCAGUUGUUCACGUAGCAGUAACAAGCUGUAUACUCAUUACCUCUCUUCCUCACUUACUUUCAGAAUCAAACUCAGGGCUUGUGCUUUACUGAUUCUUAAGUAACAUGUUUCUGCACUUUCUUUUUCUGUCUUCUUUUAAUUGUAUUUAAAUACCGUAAUGUUAUAGGAUGUCAGGACAAAUCAUGUUAGCUUUGAUUGACUUUUUUAUUAAUACAUGUAUAAAUAAUGGUUUGGACAUCUGUAGUGCAUAUAUAUAUUUGGGAACACAAGAAGACACCACAUUAUUGGACUUAUUCAUGUGGAAACUUGGUUGUCAAAUCUAAAUUAUCAGUAAAUCUGUUUGGUAAUGGAUAGAUUAUUACUAUACCUGUAUACAUAUAGUAAUAAUUAUAGCAGUAGAAAUAAUACAGUAAAUUUAAUAUUUGUACUAAAAGUAUUUCAUUUAGUUCUCACAUAUUUCUAUGGUGUCAAACAAAAGUCAUGGUAGCACCAAUGCUCACCUCCAGGGUUGCUGAGUGAUGAAGAAGUUACCUACACCACUCUUCUUGCAUAUUUACGUUACACCUUCGUAACUAACUUUUUCCUCAUAAGGAAGAAUUUGAUUAGCGUUGUGUUGACAGUAAGGUACUAUUAAUACAGACCAAGAACUGAGCAGACCAUGUUUUGUGUUUUUGUAGUACAGUAAUGGAUUGUUUAAAACAGAGUGGUGAAACUGAGUUUUGGCAUUCUAGAUUCCAAUAAUGUGGAGUCUUAAAGCAUUAUAAAAUGCAGAAAAAAGAUAAAAAAAUGAGUAAGGUGGGUAGAGAGGGCUGUAUGGUAUUAAGGAUAGUAUAAUGUGGGUAGAGAGGGCUGUAUGGUAUUAAGGAUAGUAUAAUGUGGGUAAUACUUUUAUUGUGCAGUUAGGUUAAUACUGUAAUGUAAUAUAAUAUAAUAUAAUGUAAUAUAAUAUAAAGUCUGGUGAGCUGGGGCAAUAUGGGUCUAUGAAAGGGGUAAAUGACAUAAGGUGUGUUGGGGGGGGGGGCCAGAUUAAGAUAGUAUAGGUAUAUGAGUUAAACAAUAAAGAAUAUUAACUUGACUACAAAGCAUUAUGGUAAGUUUUGUUAAGAUACAUGAAAAUUUUGAAGUCACUCCUGAAGAAAAUGGUAUGGCAUAUCACAUGUUAAUUAAUUGGCAGUAAUAAAAGUCAUCUUGUUGACUGUUCCUAUUUGUGUGGAACAUUGUUUUCUCAUGUAAAAAGAUAAUUAAUAGUAAAGAGGAUUACAGGGUAUAUGAAAAACAUAUUUAGUGGGCUCUGUUUAAAGGGCAUUUUACACUUGGGCUCUCUGUAAAUGUCUGGAAUAUACAGGAUUUCAUUUUAUUGUUAUCUGAAGACACUUGUUCUCUUAGUAAUUUAGGAACACAAAUAAAUUUUAGUAUAAAAUUAAUUUCCUAUUGGGAGGAAACCUGAGCCAAGCCCCAGUUAAGGUAUAGCAGGUUAACUUAACCGUGUACCCAUUAGGCUUCUUCUUUCCUCCAGGGCGGAAUCAUUCGCCACCAGGUCCUUUUUACAUUAGCCAGGUCAAAUUUACAGUUGCCCAGGUCCUAUCAACAUUUGGCAAAGUCUUUUAUUAGCCAGGUCCUUUGAACAUAUGGCCAGAUCUAUUACAUUAGCCAGGUCGUAUCAACAUUUGGCCAGGUCUUAUAUUA